AUGCUCAGUCCGGCAAACACGCUGGUGCAGCCCGCCGUGGGCGAAUGCUGUACCGGUGGUGGUCUGCAGGCCCCGACCCCGGUCUUGCAGAAUCUGCCCGCAACCAUACCGAAAGAAUAUCUGCACACCUUCAGUCUUUGUGGCAGUUCUAUGCCCACCACUGCCGCCGAUAUCAGCAGUCUGGCUGCUUUCUCACGACCGUUUGACGCCCGCCAGCUGCCUCUGUCCAACGGUCUUCAUAAUGGCGCCUGUGGGUCCCCGCCCUUUUUCUAUCCAGCGGCCGUCGCCUUUUCGUCCGCUAUCCCGGCUGCCUUUGGCUCCUCUGCGCCCGCUUACACGCCCCUAACGCCAAUCAGCAGCGGCAUGUCGGACGUGUGGUCACCGGCAGGCUCAGGAGACAGCCUCUGGGCAGCCCCUGAUGCUUCGGGUCAGACUUUGCAAGCAGCGCAGAGCAGACUACAAGCCGCGGCCGUCCAGGGCCAUCAGUGGGUGAUGCAGACAACAUCCCCGGCAGAGAAAAUGACUAUUCCGACACCAGAUGGUGCCUCUGCAUCUGACAAUGCCGCGGGAUCCUUACAUCCCAUGACAGUCUCUUCCACUGCAACUGCAGUUCCGGCCAGCUUCUCUCCCAGCAUCCAUGAUUCUCCCGGUCUUGUCAAGUCGAGCACUAGCCCCUACUCGUCGCCGGCAGUAUUGGAAACGCCCAUCUUGAGUAUCGCAACAGCAGAGCAGAAUAGCCAGUUCGGCGGCGACCCGUUUGCGCAAGCCGACUACCGGCUCGGUGGUGGCCAUAUGAUUGACCACCCGUGGGCACCGUCGCUCGCUGAUUACCCAGGACUCUGGACGCAGUUCCAGUUCCAUCAGCAUCUUCAAAAUCUACAGCAGCAACACCUGCUGAUGGAAGAGGGCGCUUUAUUUCGGGGCCCAGCUUUGUCAACCCAUACCGUCCCGGGGAACCAUGAAAACACCAUCCAAGACAUGUCUGCCCAGCACGGAACUGACCCUCGCCAGAUGCUAGAACACAGCGUCGCCCGGGUCCUGUGUCAACGUCCUAUAGCUGUCGCUGGCGGCGGUGCGGAUACGGCUGAGCAACACCUCAUGCACGCAAUGGCUUCCUCAGCGCCCGCCUCUGUGAGUGUGGACUCCAUCGAUACUUCUGCGUUUCCUCCGUCGGCAAUGUCACAAUCGAUUCUUCAAAACAUUGCAUUCAGCCAUAUGUCUCCCCACCCGGCUGUCUUCUCUGCAGUGAGCAGCGCGCCCAUAAUGGUGCCAGCAUCCUUGUCCUUUGUUCAGCCUUCGGCUCCGUCCGUAUUGCACGAAGCUAUGAGCUGCGCUUACGGAUUUCCCAUUGCUCAGCAAUCCCAGCGUCAUCGUCGCGGCUACUCGACACCAACGCCGAUUGGCGGUGCCUUUUUAUCACAAGAAGUUCCCCUGUCCUUCUCAACAGCACAGCCACAAGCCAUAUUGGAUGAAAUCCAUAUGUCUCAAGCUACAAACACUGUGCCUUCUGUCUCGGCGUUUCUUCCGCCGGCAAUCAUCAGCCCCACGAUUGAUGAAGGUAACAUGGACAUCACGCAACCCUCUUUCCCUUAUGAAAACAACCAGGAUAGAGGUGGGAUGACAGCUUUGUCUAGCGCAAGUGUAUCUGCCCCUGCCAAUACAGCCCCUUCAACCCCAAACAACGAUGUCAUUGGCACAGCACCCAACGAUGGCUUCCGCCACCAUAAGCCCCGAGUUCAGUCACUCCCAAAUGUUCCAAUGGUCGAUAUGCAGCCGAAACAAGCAGUAGCAUCUCGCCAAUUGAACAAGUAUGGGACUAUUCUAGAGCUAGACGAGAAAGCAUCUGUCGCUACCAUCCCGAGGGAGAAUUCGCUGGAGCCGUUGCGAAAAUAUCCAAUGCAACUCCGUCAACAGAUGGAGAGCCAAGUCUUUUCAUCCCACAUGCCGGUGCUUCCAUCCUUGAAACCAGUUCCUGCGGUGGUACCCACGGAGCCCCAGAUGGUAAAGCUACAACAUCAACCCGUCAUCGAAACUGCUCAAGCUUCAUCGUACCUCAAAAAGAACAUUCCUUUGGCUGGACUGCCUGUUCGUAAUGCUGCAUCCACGGCGGUUCCUGCUGCAACUUCGCCUCAAACUCUGCCAAAAACCGACUCCGUCUUUAGUGAGGCUGACCAGAAGGAGACGAGGGUCCCUGAUACUCCUGUCCAGCAAAGCAGCCCUCAGAGAACCAAGACCGAUGACAGCAACCACAGUGUUGGCCAACCUACCAAUAAAAGGUCGCUUGGGAGACCACGGAAGCGGCGUGGCUCCUAUUCGACAGCACUAGCACCGGAAGAGCUUUUGAUUCCAAUUCCUGAGCCAGUCCCGGCUCCAGAGCCCAUCUUCAUUCCCUUCGAUCCCCAGACUUUGACAUCGCCACCUUCAAGGUCACCAAAGUCGCCCAGGUCGCCCAAGUCUCCGAAAUCGGUCAAGUCUGCUGUGGAGAGCAGCAGAUCAACAGCAACUAUACCGGGAGCUACAGACACACUUGUAAAGACGGGACCAGCUGUUAACUCGCCUCCCAAGAAGACUGGCAAAGUCGGCCGCCCGCGAAAGCGCAGCAAAGUUGGGGAAUCGGCCUUAAUACCCGUGCCAGAUGGCAGUCUCCAGGUGGUGUUUGACCAUAUCUUCAUGACUUCGUCUGUUUCCUCUUUGCCACAACAGCCUCUUUCGAUUUCUCCGCCCGCUGUCUUCCCAGAAUUUUCUGUCGAAUUCCCAGUCACCAACGGUGCUGCCACGGCUUUCAUCCAAGACGACAUGGAACUCUCAAACUCGAUUGCUAAUGGAUCAGCAUUCUCAUCAACCCUGGAAAACCCAGCUCGACGCACGCUUCGCCAGCAGCGAGUACGGCACGGCCAGUCAGACAAACAAGGUCCCAAGCCAGUUUAG